AUGCCUCCAUCCAGCACAUUCACACUCAGCUUCGUGGGAGACGUAAUGCUCGGCCGACUAAUCGACCAGCUUCUCCCCCAACACGUCGAAAAUAAAGAAGAAGCACGCAUCGUCUCCGACUUCAUAGAACGCUAUCCAUCCCGCCUAGGCAAGGGGAACUACACGCACUCUUCGCCAUGGGGCACGACUCUCGACCUUCUCCGAAAUACAGAUCUAUUCCUCAUCAACCUCGAGACCUCAGCAACAACAACUAAUGAGCCCUGGCCGCAGAAAGCUUUCAAUUAUCGCAUGCACCCGGCUAACGUCGCGCCUAUCUUGCAUGCCGCGCAUGUGGAUUAUGCCGGUUUGGCGAAUAACCACACGCUUGAUUUUGGGACCGAGGGGCUAGUUGAUACAGUCUGGUCGCUGAAAGGCGCUGGGGUUGCUUUUGCGGGAGCCGGGGAGACGACCGAUGAGGCGCGCAGGCCGGCUGUGCUGCACUUGCCCCCUCGGGGAGGUGAGGAUGGGUAUCAUGCUCACCAUCACACGGAUGGCCAGUCGCAGAAGAAGAAAGAAGAAGAAGACGACAGUACUGCUGCGCCGGAAUAUACAGUCCACGUCUACUCCGCCUCCGACCACCCACGCGACUGGGGCGCAACGCCAACAUUCCAUCUCCUCGACUACACCCCCUCGACACGCGUGCGUCUCCGAACGCUAUUACUCUCUGGCGGACCGGGUAAGCACAUCGCCGACGACGACGCGGGCGGCUUGACGGCUUCAGAUCCGGAAGAUCGGGAAAGGCACCAUAGUCAUCGGAGACACCAACUGAAACAAGAUACACAGCCGCCACCACCGGCUCUGAAGAUCUUCUCCGUGCACUGGGGCCCUAAUUAUUCAUGGCAUCCCGCUGAGCGAAUCCGCUCCCUAGCUCAUUUCCUUAUCGACGAGUGCGCCGUCGAUAUCGUGCACGGCCACUCGUCGCACCAUGUCCAAGGCGUGGAGUCUUAUCGUGGUAAGAUUAUUAUAUAUGGGUGUGGCGAUUUCGUAGAUGAUUAUGCCGUUCAUGAAGAGUGGAGGAAUGAUCUAAGUGCUGUGUGGAAGGUUCGUGUGAGAGAAACCGAGCAAGAAACAGAAAGAGGGAAAGCGUUAGGGCUGAAGUUGGAGAGGUUGGAGAUUUUUCCGACACGCAUUGAGAGGUUUCGCGCUACUUUGCUUGAUCCUGAUGAUGAGGAUCAUGUGUGGGUGAGGGAGAAGAUUGCAGGGUUGAGUAGGGAGUUUGGGAUGGUUGUUAAUAAAGAGUUGGGGGAAGAGGGACAGGUUGUUCUUGAUGUGGGGGGUUAA